AGUUGUACGGAGAAAUUUUGUUCUGCGUGGAUGCAAAACCUCCUCGGGAAGGAGUUAAAGACGGACAAGCGGCUACACUGCGGCUAAAAGAAGAUGCACAGACGCCGAAGGCAGUGCAGGUAAACACGCACGCACGGCCAUCGCGCAUCCCCAUAUAGAUGCCCACGGCACCGCACGCGCAGACACACUCCGCUCAUCCACCUGUAAUGACAGAUCGCUGCCCAAAGCGGUGCAUUGUCCCAGGAAACGGCGAGGAAAGUCCGCUUCGCGUGAGAGAUGACUGAGUGAGUUGCGCGGAUGUUGGAGACAUGGAGAAACGGGCUCUUGUAACGGCGAUCAGCUUGUCCAUGAGCCUGCUCGCGCUCAUGCUGCUGGUCACUGCGAUCUUCACCGAUCACUGGUACGAGACCGACACCAGGAGACACAAGGAGAACUGCGACCAGUACGGGUCCGAGUCCAACGACCAGAAGAACAGGGAGAUGCCCAUCUAUCACCUGCCUCUGGUGGACAGCGGGAACGCGAAGCGCAACCUGGCGCUCAUGAAGCCCAUUCACGUUGGGAGUCGAGAGGAGGAACUGUUGGAGAACUGGAGGGCGAUUUUGGGCAUGGGCAUUUUGGAGACGGAGUGCGGGCGCCCGCUUUUCUCCACCUAUUCGGGACUAUGGAGGAAAUGCUACUUCCAGGGAAUGGACAGGGAUAUUGACAAACUCAUUUUGAAGGGUAUUGCAGAGCGAUGCACAUCUGUCAAGUACCAUUUCUCCCAACCCAUCAGACUCAGGAACAUCCCUCUCAACCUGACGAGGACCAUACAGCAGGACGAGUGGCACCUCUUACAUCUGCGGCGCAUCACGGCAGGGUUUUUGGGCAUGGCAGCAGCCGUAAUGCUGUGUGGAAGCAUCGUGGCCGCGGUUGGAUUUUUCUGGGAGGAGAGCCUCACUCAGCAUGUGUCUGGACUCCUGUUCCUUAUGGCAGGAAUCUUCUGCACGAUCUCACUGUGCACAUAUGCCGCCAGUGUCUCGUACGACCUCUCCAGAAACCCUCCCUUCAUUUAUGGCCUGCCCAGUGACGUGGACCACAGCUACGGAUGGUCCAUCUUCUGCGCGUGGGUCAGUCUGGGGCUAACAGUGGCGUCUGGCUGCAUCUGCACAACAUAUCCCUUCCUGAGCCGCACAAAGGCUCUUCGCUCCAAAACGGCGCGGGAGUCUUCGGUAUGAGCGCCUCCUGGUGGCCUGGAGGACAUUAAUCAGCACUCGGCGCUUUAGGAAAACGAUUUCAAGUGGACUUCAUGACUUAUGGAGUGGCGUUGACGUUAUACAGAGUGAAAGACAAGACUGUUGCAUUUCCUUACAAAUCAAACACAUAAUAAAAAAAUAAAAGAAAACACAAACACACAAAAACAAAUAUACAUGUAUGAAAGUAACGAACAAAAAAAUCUAUUGAUUUGACAAUGAUAUGUGUACGUUUGUGGGUUGUUGUGAUGCAAUCAUCCUCUGGAUCAGGUGAUACUUAGGAUCUGAGCCACAGUUUUCUUUUGUUUUGUACGCAAACCGUCUGAAAUUCAAACGAUUACGCUCAGUGUUAUUUUUUUAUGUGAUUAAAUCGUAGGUUUUGGUUCGCAAACAGAUAGGAGUCGACUCAAAUAGUCAAAUCCAGUCAGGGAUGAAUAGGGCGCUUCAUGUCACCACAUCAGACAAAUGUAUAAAGGCAUGAUUGCAUAUAUAUCACCUUUGGGUAACAGCUGGAGGCCGAUAUUCAAAAGGAUUGAGAAAUCAAAGAGACACGAGGAGAUGUAAGAUGUGCAUAUAUGCAAAAUUUCCUGAUUGGAUGAAGUCGAACGCGGCUCUCGCUAUAGCAGUGCAAUCUUAUUAUGGCCGCAUGCUUGAAGUGGAUGCUCUCGAAUCAACCAGCCUCGCUCCUGACGUCAUGCCAUUGUUCAAAAUACCAGUUCUGAACGAAUAUAAAGCGACGGGGAUUAUAUUAACUGCUGGAUAUUGUUUGCCCCCCCACCCAAAAAAAACUGAGCCAAAACAGUGACAUAUUACUGAAAACAUGUACCGUUCGCCUCGAAAUUUCUGUUGUGUUCCUGAAAGUGUAUUGUAAAUCAAAAUAAUAUAAUGAUGAAAUAAAGGUCUAUGAAGAAACCA